AUGUCGUUCUAUCCACCAGGAUGGGACUAUGAGCGCGUCAUGAACGGCAGCAAUGAGGACUUCGCCACCCUCACUGAAGACCAACACAUGGCCCUAUUCAACGGCCUUAAAGAAGCAGGCUUCUUCCAGGCCUUCGAAGAUAAAAUCCACCAACGAGUCAUGGAAGACAUGGAAGCCCAACGCCUCGCUGAAGAAGCCACUAAAACAGACGAACAGAAGUUUGCUGACCCUGAGUUUUUGCUCAAAGUGCAAAUGAGCUUUAGAGCAGGAAAUCCUACCAUGACGCCUCCUAAGCAUUUCCCAUUUGCAUAG